AUGACUCGUUGGACAAUAUUCCUGUCUGCGUACUCGUACACUUUAAGCCACCGGCCUGGAAAACAUCUGGUCCAUGCCGACGUGUUGAGCUGUUUCCUGCUGCCAACAUUGCUGACAGACCCUGCGCCAGCCUCCCAAGUCUUGUUGAUAGAUGACUCGCUGUUCCCAGUAUCAGCUGCGGACAUUGCCCGUUUUUCGGUUCGAGAUAAUGUAAUUUCCCAAGUCCUGGACUGGGUCAACAGGGGGUGGCCACGGGGUCCCUUCAAGCUGGAGUUGCAGCCGUAUGCGACGAGGCUGAUGGAGCUAUCAGCUCAGCGGGGAUACCUCUUAUGGGGUCAUCGGGUGGUGGUUCCUCCCCCUCUGAGGAAAUCGAUGCUGAUUACAUUACAUCAGGGCCAUCCCGGAAUUGUUAGGAUGAAGGCCCUGGGCCGCUGUUAUAUGUGGUGGCCCCAUCUUGACAGGGAUAUCACCCAAUGGGUCUCAACCUUACUAUUACUUUUAGUACUAUUCUUGGGUGUGCCCAGAUCAGAAAAUCAUGUUACCAAUGUGGAAGAGUGUUUCAAGGAGCCUGAAUAUGAAAACUGGCUGGCUACUGCUAGGCAUGGUCUAAGAAGGACCUGGAAACCUAAGACAAUUGUGAUUGUUGGAGCAGGAAUUAGUGGAUUGACUGCCGCCAAAUUACUCAGAGAAGCUGGACAUCAGGUUGUGAUCUUGGAAGCCAGUAACCGUGUGGGAGGACGCAUAAAGACUCACCGAGAAGACGACUGGUAUGUGGAUGUGGGGCCGAUGCGAUUGCCCAAAACUCACAGAAUUGUACGUGAAUACAUUAAAAAGUUCAAACUUGGUCUAAACCCAUUUAAUCAGAAUGAUCAGAAUGGCUGGUAUUUAAUUCAAAAUGUCAGACGAAAAAUGACACCCCAUAAUCCUGAAAACUUUGGAUACCAACUUAACCCCAAUGAGGAGGGAAAGUCUGCAAAGCAGCUGUUAGAUGAGAUGCUGAGCAAGGUCACAGACAACUGUACUCUUCUGAAGGAAAAAUAUGAUUCAUUUUCCACAAAGGAAUAUCUCAUUAAGGAAGGAAAUUUGAGCACAGGAGCUGUUGAGAUGAUUGGUGAUUUCCUGAAUAAAGAAUCUGGAUUUCAUAACUCAUUCCUUAUUUCUGUUAUGGAUCAUUUCUUUUUUUCAAAUAGCAGUUUUGAUGAAAUUACUGGUGGAUUUGAUCAACUUCCUCAAAGUUUCUUCCGGGAAAUGGUUAGAAUUGUCCAUUUCAAUUGCACUGUGGAGAAGAUACUUUGUAGCAAAAACAAAGUGAGAGUCUUCUACAAAUGGCUGUCCAGGUCUACAUCUCUAAUUGCUGACUUUGUCCUCAUCACAGCUACAGCAAAAGCCACAUGACUCAUCAAGUUUGUACCACCUCUUUCCAUUCCCAAGACCCGGGCGUUGCGGUCUUUGAGUUAUGCAAGUGCUACUAAAAUUGCCUUGGUUUGCACUGAGAAGUUUUGGGAAAAGGAGGGGAUCCACGGAGGGAGAUCAAUCACAGAUCUCCCAUCACGAAUAAUUUACUAUCCAAAUCAUAACUUCUCCCACGGAAUAGGCGUCCUUCUGGCAUCCUAUACUUGGUAUUCUGACUCUGAAUUCUAUACGGCACUCAGUGAUGAAAAGUGCAUUGAUGUGGUGAUGGAUGACCUUGUGGAAAUCCAUCAAGUAUCUAAAAUUUAUCUCAAAUCGGUCUGUGGCAAAUACGUGGUACAAAAAUGGACCCUUGACCAAUACUCUAUGGGAGCAAUCACCACAUACACCCCAUAUCAGAUUACCCAUUAUUCUCAUAUACUGGCUCAGAAUGAAAGGAGGAUCCACUUUGCUGGUGAAUACACAGCUCAUCCACAUGGUUGGAUUGAAACGUCCAUGAAAUCUGCCAUAAGGGCAGCAAUUAAUAUCCACAAUGCAUAA